GGGAGCGGGGCGAGAGGGAAGAAGCAGCAGAGGCGCCCCGGCUGAAAUUUCCCUCAGGAGCGCGGCGGCAUCAUGGACGAGGAAGGCGGCGGGAGCGUGCCUGAUGACCUGUCUGUAGAGGAAAGAGAAGAACUAUUAAAUAUUCGCCGUAGAAAAAAAGAAUUAAUCGAUGAUAUUGAGAGGUUAAAAUUUGAAAUAGCAGAGGUUAUGACAGAAAUCGAUAACUUGACAAGCAUAGAGGAAUGCAAAACUACACAGAGGAAUAAACAAGUAGCUAUGGGAAGAAAAAAAUUCAACAUGGAUCCUAAGAAGGGAAUCCAGUUCCUCAUAGAAAACGACCUCUUGCAGAACACAGCAGAGGACAUUGCACAGUUCCUUUAUAAAGGGGAAGGUCUAAAUAAAACUGUAAUCGGAGAUUAUCUCGGCGAAAGGGAUGAUUUUAAUAUUAAAGUACUUCAAGCUUUUGUUGAACUCCAUGAGUUUGCUGAUCUCAAUCUUGUACAAGCUUUACGGCAGUUCCUGUGGAGUUUCAGGCUUCCAGGAGAGGCACAAAAGAUUGAUCGUAUGAUGGAAGCUUUUGCUUCACGUUAUUGUCUUUGUAACCCCGGAGUCUUUCAGUCUACAGAUACGUGCUAUGUGCUGUCUUUUGCAAUCAUCAUGUUAAACACUAGUCUACAUAACCACAAUGUACGAGACAAGCCAACAGUGGAGCGGUUUAUAUCUAUGAACCGCGGUAUUAAUGAGGGUGGUGACCUCCCAGAAGAAUUGCUGCGGAAUCUGUAUGAAAGCAUUAAAAAUGAGCCCUUUAAAAUUCCAGAAGAUGAUGGGAAUGAUUUAACCCAUACGUUUUUUAACCCUGAUAGAGAAGGCUGGCUGCUGAAAUUAGGGGGAAGAGUAAAAACGUGGAAAAGGAGAUGGUUUAUACUGACAGAUAAUUGCCUGUAUUAUUUUGAAUACACAACAGACAAGGAACCUAGAGGAAUUAUCCCUUUGGAAAAUCUCAGCAUAAGAGAAGUUGAGGAUCCAAGAAAACCAAAUUGUUUUGAGCUCUACAACCCCAGUCAUAAAGGCCAAGUCAUUAAAGCCUGCAAAACAGAAGCGGACGGCAGGGUGGUCGAAGGCAACCAUGUAGUUUACAGGAUCUCAGCUCCCACCCCUGAGGAAAAAGAGGAGUGGAUCAAGUCCAUCAAAGCAAGCAUCAGCAGAGAUCCCUUCUAUGACAUGCUGGCAACCAGGAAGAGAAGAAUUGCUAACAAAAAAUAGCACCUACUGGGGAGUCCCUCAGAGACCCGCCUUAGCCAAAUUGCAAAUACGUCACAAAACCAAGACUCAUAAUUGGAAAUGUAGUCAUGUUCCUGCAGCAUCUUCCCCUUUCUGUGAUUGUUCGUUAUAUUCCACAAGGUGCUGGAAGACGCUUUUGAGCAUGUGCAGCUUUGCUUGACAUGAAUCGGAGAAAAAAAGAAACAAAACCUGGAAGCCUUAUAUGCUGUUUUGUGUGUUGUUGUGUUUACUGAAUCGGGAGAUAUGGGAGAUGGACAGGAUGUAAGCUAUAUACCUCUCUUAUUCCUUUGGGGCAUUUGCCCAGGAUGUGGACUCAUUGCUGAACCUACUUCACAGGUGGAAGAAUGCCCGGCAUGCUCUUUUUUGUGUGCAGAAGAGCUUGAAUCGGGAUUAUUUUGUACUCAUCCCUUGCCCAGACUCUUGCAUUGCCAUUUCAACCCCGCAUCCACCACUGAUUCACAGAAAGAUGACACUUCUUUUCUUUGGGUCUAGCAACUAUACAGUUGAACCGACCUCCUCCUUACGUAUAAACAGCCUGGACAAGCACUUAAAGCAUGGAGCUCUCUGCGACUGAAACGGUUAUAAGCAGGGCGUUCAGCAGUAUCAAUGUAUCUUACCUUUUUUAGAUACUGUCGAAACGUCCCACAUUCCUUCUCUGCUGGUUGGAGAUGUAGUGUUUUCCCACUUAGGUCCAAUGUCUCCUACCAUCUGGUUUUUACAGAAGAUAUAUCUUGCAGUCCAGCAAUGACUGUCAGACUGCAAGGUAUAUCUUCUGGUAGACUGGUGUACAAGGCCCAGCUGUUUUUUAAAAAUACUGAGCUUCAACAAUUCUUAUUUAUUGCCAUGCAGAGGAGGGGGGGGAAGCAAGCUUUGUUUCUUCUGGGAAUAAGCCCCCCUCAAAGUGUCAGCCCACCACUACAGUCGUCCUUCUAGGCCUGCUGACCCAGAAGAGAACUGCCCCUGUUUACGCCGCACCACCCAGGCUAAAGAAGAUGCAAACAGCAGCAUCUCCCAUCAUCACCCACCUGCGAUGCUGCUAGUUCUUCCAGCUCUGUAUGUGAUAGUGGUGGCUGGUGACAGAGGAGGAGGAGGCAGCACUGCUCAGCUGAGAGCCUGGGGCUCACUGGGGCACAUUACAGCACGGCUGGUCGGGGAACUGGGUUGGGGGUGAAGGAAAAAACCAGGGAGGCAGGAAAAUAAUCAGAAACAGAAAAAUUUCAAAAGGAGAAUUCCAACCUGCCAGGCUGGGGGGGCAGAGUAGGCAGAGGUCUCCAACUGCAUGUGAUUUUUCUAGUAAAUAAAAUCGACAUCACUUUAUUAAAUGCCACAGGAUGUAGAGAGGUAGGGAAGACUUCAAAAUGAUUACUUGUUUUCUCCAUGUUUUCAAGUCUUUCCCACUGACGUUCCAGUGACGACCUUAUUUCUUGGAGAUGCCUCUGCAAAAUUACAAAGAUGGAAUUGUACACGUGUUGUUUCAUUGUACUGCCUACACCUUAUGAAAUGGCUUGGGGGAGGUGCAGUGGGUGGGGGAACUGAAGGACCCAGUAGAGGCAGAGGACCCCUCCCCCAGGGAGCCCUUCAAAUGGCAGGGCAGGAAAGAGCCAGACCUCUCUCUCGCAGCAGGAGGGGAAAGCCCUGGUGAGAGAGGGAGGAACUUGGGUACAAAACACGCCCCCCACCGCCUCUCCCAAUUCUGAGGACCAUUCCUCACCUUAAAGCUAGAGAAUGGCCCCGAGUCUAACCAGGUACACAAAUUCUCUCCUUUACAGAUCUGUCUCCUUUUCUCCUGUUUGCCCUGCUCUAGACUCCCAGGAUGGGGCACAGCAGAAAGGAGCAAGGCCUCUCUCUUGCAGCUGGAGAAGGGAAAAGCAUUGGGGACAGGGGGGGACCUGGGUAUAAAAGUUCUUCUUUAACACUACAAGAUGUUUGCAUUGUCUCCACAAGUGUGAGACUUGUGACUUAAUGGCAUUAGAGGAGAGGUAAACUCAGCGUUUAAUAGGCGGUAACUGAAAUUGAUCUCAUCCUAUGAGUUCAUGAUGGCCUCUGAGCUGAAGAGAAAAAAAGUUUAUGCUAUUGGUCAGUAACAACAGCACAAUAGCCCCUUGUCUCUGGGUGGGGGGAAGGAGCUGGUGGGCCCUUUGAGGGAAGGACCUGGGUACAAAAGGACCCCCUCUAGUUUUUGAGGUCUGUUCCUCAACUUAAAAGAGAUGGGCCCCUAGACUAACAUAACAAAUGGAUUUCCCUCUUUUUAAGGUUUCUUAAAAUCUUGUUUCUUGUGCCCCUUUUUCCUUUUUUGGAAAAUCAGCCAGAUCUUGCAUAGGUCUCAAGAAAUGGUUUGUAGACAAUGAUGGAAGUGAGACUCCUGUGGAAGAGCUUGGAUGGGAGAACAAUGGGCCAUGGAACUGAGGGGCCUGAUACAGUAGUAGGAAAAGGAACUCGGUGUGUUCUUCCCUUGGCCAACGUGAUGAGAUUUGAAGGCCUGAAGCUGGCAGGAAAAAAUGCUGCCGAUUGCUUAGCGACACAACUCAUCACAAUAAGCUAUGCAAAGGAUCAUGUGCACAUCCUAGAAUACAAAUAGUACAGUGGCCCUGACUGACCGCUCUUCUUUAGAGGAGUGAAUGCUUUUUUGUGUUAGGAAUAUUAAGAUGGUUUGAAGAACUGGAAUGUUGAUAGCUGGUUUGAGAAGAGGAAUGUGCUAUCCAGGAUUCAGGAUCUGGCUUUUGCCAGAUUUAUGCUAACACAGCAUAAUCCAGCUGUGCUGGAUCUCGUAAGAGACUCCUGGAUUGUAUCCGGGGAACUGAACUCUGCUGGGCCAGAUUAUUUAGCCACAGGCAGCUGUGGCAACCAGUGGCGUGAAUGAGAGGGCAGUGGCCUGAAUGGAGGCAAGCUCCAUGCUGUGGCAGGAGAGUGGGGCAGGGGAGGAGGGAGCAGACAGAGUGGCUUCCCACCCUUCCACCCCUGCCUGAGCUCCCUGCCCUUCCGGCUGCCACCAGUCGCCUAUUAAAUGCCACAGCUCCAGCUAGCCCAAUCCCACCCCUUGCUUCCACUUGGUUCAGAUUUACAUUGGGAUUCUCUGGUUGGACAUUGAUUCUUCUCCUUCAUUUUGGUUCUGUUGGGCUUUCUUGAUGCCGCUUGCGUGUGAGUGGGACUUUUGUUUGGGGCUGGCCUUUAGCCAGGGCUUGCCUUUGCUUAAGGUUUCCCUUUGCCUGGAAAGUCUUGGAAAUGUUGCCCCCAUAGGAAAAAUGUAGAGUGGCUGGGGGCAGCUUGUUCAGGGGCCGAUAGAAUUGGACCCUAGGGUCCAAUCUUCCUGAAACUUAGGGGAUCUUUAGUGGACAGGAAGGAGUAGGUUCCUUGUAAAUUGGUGGAGUUUGCUUGAAAAUUACUCCCCCCAGCCCCUUAAGUAGUUUACCCAUUAUUCCCCAUAGGAAAUAAUGGCGAUAAAUUUGAGAUUCUCUAGCUGAUUAAAGAAUUUGACCUAUACUAAAUUUUAUUUUUGGGUACCCCUGAAACUCUGAUCUGAAUCACCCAGAUUUAUUUUUGGUGCGCAGCUUUGUUUGAGACUCCCCUCCUUUUGUAGCACAAAUCUGUCUUCAUUCCUCAUUGUGCUUCUAGGCCUGAGAACAUGCUGAUGUAUGCCUUUGGUGUGGGACAAUACAGGGAGGGAGGGAAUUGCAUUAAUUCCCAUCAAUGAAGGUGGAGUACUCAGUAAGCUUUCCUGCCACAGUGGAGAACUGCAUCUUCCCCAGAAUAUUCGGUUUGUGUUGUUGCAGCUGUUUGUGUAUUACAAAGCAAAAUUAGGUAAUGUGUGGUAACGGUAUGGCCUGUGAAAGUUGUGGCUGUCCAAGGUACUGUUUCUUUUCUUUGGAAGAUGUGGGGGCACCCAGCCCCUUAAGCAUCUCUCUCUUUUCCUCUUCAGGAACAGUGUUUUUCAAAGCUGGGUUGGCUUAUUUUCACCAGCAAAGACAGGAAGCAAUGAGGUUUACCUUUACCGGGUGCUGCCUUUGCCCCAAGGCAGGUGGUGUUGGGGGCUGUUCCCUUACUUUUUACAGUUGGUGUGCAUGUACCCCAUAAAGAGGAUCUUGUCCAAUGAAGUAAAUGGAAGUUGUCUCACUUUUCCUCUGCUCUGCUUCCUUAAACAGGCAGUCCUUGUUGCCUUCUGGGUAGUGGACAGAUGGGUCCCAGGAGCAUGCCCUCUUAGUCUUUUUAAAGAAAGUCCACACUCUUUGCUGUACUCACUUUCUCAGAGAGAACAGUAAUGGCAUUUGCAGCUCAGGUGGUCUGAUGGGUGCUGAGCCGAAGAGUUUUGAGAGAGAUGUUUGUUGCUUAACUUUUGUGUGGCUUUGAAGUGUGUGGUACAGAAUUAUAAACAGAACAGCAUUUAUAAUGCUUUAUAUGAAAAAUAAAAAAGUAUGCCUAUUUUAAUACAUAUCUUCGUCGAUAGGCUUGCCUGGACAGAAAGUAGGUCUCUUAGGUCUGCAGCAGGCAUACUGAUGGCUUCUUAAUACAGAGCCAGCCUCAGGAAUGCACGUGCCUUUCCCUGUCUCACAAAAUGAAAAGCGCACUGAUGCUAAUGGUGGGUAAUGCCAGUGGAGAAAGAGGAAACGUAUGCGAGUUCCCCAAAGGUGGUUCCUAUAUUGCAGGCAGACGCUACAACCUAGCUUGUAGCUUAUUGGGUUUUUCCCCCCUAUAUAUUUUCUGAGAGAAUGUUUCUAUUGACAGUUAAACUAUUGUAAAAAUGUACAUACUGUACAGCUGUGUAUUGAUUUUUUGUAUUGUUAUUCUUGUAUGCCAGUGGAUUGCAUGACAAAAAAAAUCCUGUAUUCAUCCUUGUUAUACAAAUUUGUGAAAUGGCUGUUUAAAUCCCACACAAGUAUUAGUCAUCAAGAUACAAUGCUUGAGGUUAUACCCUCAAAAAAUAAAAUAUGAAUUGUA